AUUAAUUAAUGAAAACGACUCCAGAAACAUUUUGAACAACUUGAACAACUUGAAUCAUGUUCAAGUUCAAUAUGUCAGAUUUUCUAAAUAUGCACAUGCAUAAAUCAGAUUAUGAUUAUUUGAAUGAAAAAGUUAUUUUAAUGCUCGAUACUAAUCAUGAUCAUGUUGAACAUAAAAAAAGUAAAACUGGACAGUUUAUUUCUGAUUGUGCUGUAAUGUGGUCAUAUAUAACACGAGGCCAUAUGAUUUUCUCCUUUCUUUUCAUGACAAAUUAAAUGUUCACCUAAAUAUAUUCUCAUCAGUAUUUAUUUGUUCUUCACACAAAAACACUUUUAUAAAGGCAAAACCGUAUUUUUCCGUAAUGUGAAACUUGAACUAAUUUAACUAUAUACACAGCGUAAUUUUACCCAUUUAAUUGUUUUACCUUUGGGAGAAAAAAACAAGCCUGUCCAAAGUGGCUUAUUAUGUACAAAGUGCAUAUUUCUUCCUGUUCAAAGUUCAUUGAACAGUUAUCCAACAGGGUUUCAGAAAAGAAAAUUAGAUAUUUGUUUUACACUACGAAGUUUUGUUACGAGGACCUGCUAAGCUCACAACUUUAAAGAUGUCAUUGUAUUAUUUUAUUGAAUGCCUGGAUGCCCAAGGUAUUCUGAUUUUCCUCUUGCUAUUUCUGCUGAUAACCGACAUUGUCAAGAACAAGAAACCCAAGAACUUCCCUCCUGGACCCUGGGGGCUACCCUUCGUGGGAAACAUCUUUAAUAUCGACUCCAAACAGCCCCAUAUUUCCAUGGGAAAGCUGGCAGAAAUCUAUGGUAAUGUUUAUAGCCUGAGGCUUGGAAGAAAUAAAGCUGUGUUUGUGACGGGCUAUCAGAUGGUGAAGGAGGCUCUGAUCAAUCAGGCAGAGACCUUUGCGGCUCGACCCCCAAGUCCAACAAUGGAGAGACUUUACAGCAACUAUGGUUUGAUCUUUAGCAAUGGAUAUCUGUGGAAGAAACAGAGAAGAUUUGCUCUUUCCACCUUGCGGAACUUUGGGCUGGGUAGGAAGACUCUGGAGUCAGUGAUUUCUGAGGAGAGUAGGUUUCUCCAGCAGGCUAUAGAAGAUGAGCAAGGUAAACCUUUCAAUCCCCACUUCCUUCUGAACAAUGCUGUUUCAAAUAUCAUCUGCUCCAUGGUAUUUGGACGCAGAUUUGAUUACAGUGACAAUCACUUCCAGAGGCUGCUGCACUUACUGUCAGAAACUAUACAUUUGGAAGGGACGAUAUGGUCACAGCUUUAUGAAGCCUUCCCUGUGAUAUUGAAGUAUUUACCAGGACCACACAACAGGGUCUUUAAGAACUAUGAAGAACUUGAGGCCUUUGUGGGGGAAGAAGUUGAGAGGCACAAGCAAGAUUGGGACCCAUCAGCACCCAGAGACUACAUUGACAGCUACUUAGCAGAGAUACAAAAGAAUAAAGAGGAUACUGAGGCAGGAUUCCAUGAGAAGAACCUGGUCUUGUGCACUUUGGAUCUGUUUAUAGCUGGGACUGAAACCACCUCUACGUCUCUACGCUGGGCUCUUCUCUACAUGAUCAAACACCCAGAGAUACAGAAGAAAGUCCAGGCUGAGAUAGAGAGUGUGCUUGGACAGGGACGGCAGCCCUCCAUGACAGACAAGCCCAACAUGUCCUACACUGAUGCUGUUAUCCAUGAAAUCCAGAGGAUAAGCAAUAUUGUUCCUCUGAAUGCACCAAGGAUGACUACUAAAGAUACAACACUGGGGGGACAUUUUCUUCCAAAGGGUACACCAGUGAUGACAAACCUGACCUCAGUGCUGUUUGACAAGACUGAAUGGCAGACACCAGACUCCUUCAAUCCCGGGCAUUUCUUGGACUCUGAAGGGAAGUUUGUCAGACGAGAAGCUUUUCUUCCAUUUUCAGCAGGAAAGAGGGUGUGUCUGGGAGAGCAGCUGGCCCGGAUGGAGCUGUUCCUGUUCUUCACUUCCUUUUUGCAGAACUUCACAUUCAAAGCCCCUGAAGGGGAAGAUCCCAGUGUGAAAUUUCAAUUAGGGGGCAUCCUAACUCCUCGGCCUUUCAAGAUCUGUGCCAUUCCACGCUGACAUCCACAUCAGUGUCUUAAAUCUAAAGAACACUGGAGGGCAGGGCAUUUAGAUUUUAGAGGACACUUUGACUGAAAAGAAAAAGCCAGAACUUCAGAACUGUGCUGUUACAUACAGUAUAUUCCAUGUGAGAUCCCAGUCUUGUAAUUGAAUAAACAGCAUGCUAAAAUUUGCUUAGAAUGUU